AUGGAUGAGAAACUACAGACGGAUAAGAUAGUGGUGUUCGAUGAUACUCAUCUGCUGGCAGAAGAGCAAGACGAUGUGCUGCUUAGUAUCAACAGACAGCUGAACAAGUCCCGGAAGAUAAUAUUGCUUACCGGUGCUGGUAUCUCCUGCAACGCGGGUAUCCCUGACUUCAGGUCAGCUACAGGGCUUUACAACCUGAUCAAGAGACAGUACCCGGACAUCUCCAUCGGUUCAGGGAAGGAGAUGUUUGAUAUAUCUUUGUUCAGGGAUGAGAUGAAGAUCUCUGUCUUUGCCACGUUCAUGGAGAAGCUGUACGCUAGUGUGAAGCUGGCUCAGCCCACCACAACACAUAAAUUCAUUGCUCACUUGAAAAACAGAAACAAGCUCCUGAGAUGCUACACCCAAAACAUAGACGGUCUUGAGGAAAACUUGGGUCUGGCGAUAUCGAACUCCUCAUUCCAGCCAUCCACAGGCAAAACAACCGAAACUGACAACUCUCCUAACAAGAAUAAUAUAGAUGUUAUACAAUUGCAUGGUGACUUGAACACCCUGGCGUGUACCAGAUGUUACCACGAGUUCCAAUGGAGCAGGUACCUAGCUAGAUAUUUUAGAAGGGGUGAACUACCAACUUGUCCCGAGUGUGAAAGAAUCAAUAACGAAAGAGUACAGAUGGGGAAAAGGCUAAUCAAUAACAUAGGCUACCUGAGACCUAACAUUGUCCUCUAUGGUGAAAACCAUCCUUCCGGUGAAAUCAUCACACAGGGGCUGAACACCGAUAUAAAUCGUGGUAAGCCAGAUCUAUUCAUCAUAAUGGGUACUAGCCUAAAAGUCGAUGGUGUUCAAAGAGUGGUGAAACAGAUAAGUAAACAAGUACACGAAAGAAAGGGUCUGGUUAUCCUCGUUAACAAGACAAAGCUUUCUGAAUCUCGCUGGAAUGGCAUUAUAGAUUACCAAAUUUGUUGUGAUUGCGAUACAUGGGUGAAGUACUUACAGGGCCAAAUACCAGAUUUCUUCAAAAGCCAGGAAGAGGUCCUUGCUUUGAGACAAUUAAGGAGAGAGGCUAGUGAGCUUAGAAAGUUAAAGAAAUCUGAAAAGAGCUCAAUAAAAACCCCUCCAACCACUCCUACUGGCAAGAGGAAUACGGUACCGACAAGAGAACCAAUACUAAAUGGAGUUAAAAGGAAGCUCUUGACACCUGAGAACUCAUUUGAUGAAAGAUCUCCUAAGAAGUUUUCCAAGACCACUUCUAGUAACAAGAAAAACGAUACUUUGAAGAAGAAACCCUUAGGUAUAGUAAACCUAUGA